AUGCCAAGCGUGGUUACGACGGGAUAUUAUACAGGGAGCUUUCGAGCGAUUGAACGUAGAUUUAAAGUUACAGCUGGCAUUCCCAAGCGAGUUUGGAAUAACUUUUGCGAAAUGGGAAGAUUAGAGUAUUAUCGUUCAGUGCGUGGUUUAAAAUCGCUGCUUGAGCAACCCGAGCUAGAAUUUGUUAGAAUUUUGAAGGAAAAUAGGCCGUCCAUGCCAUACAAAGAAAUAAAAGAAAACGUAGAACAUUUCACCGCAUGUAACCCCUCUAUUUCAGCUAUAGGAAGAGCCGUUCGCACUCGAUUAUCUACCGGUAUAAUGACGUGGAAAAGGAUGAUUCGACCUUCGGCAGAAAAGUUUACACCCGAAAACAUCGAAUAUUGUCAGAUGUACAUUAAUUUCAUGAACAUUUUAGACCCGCACAGAAUCAAAUUUUUUGAUGAGACAGGAGUCAAAGUGGACUGCGCAAACCGGCAUUAUGGCCACUCUGUCAAAGGAACACAUUGUAUUGAAGUAAUGCAAAAUGCCCAAACACAAAAUGUGACUGUAAAUGUACUUUGUGGAACAUCAGGUGUGAUGUACGCAAAUACUAUCAACGGUGCUUCCAACACCGUAGAAUUUCUAAACUUUUUUUACAAAGCUAGUCAGACAACCCAGCCUAACGGAAAUCCAGUUCUGGAGUAUGGCGACUAUAUUGUUAUGGACAAAGCGGCUAUUCACAGGUUCGAAGGUGGCAGAGUUUUGGCAGAAUGGCUGGAUAGUUUUGGGGUAACAAUGAUUUAUCUCCCUGUCUAUUCCCCAGAAUUGAAUCCUGUUGAGUUAUUAUUUAAUAAAUUCAAAACAGUUUUGCAUCGCUACAAAUUUUGUAACAUUCUUCAAUUCAAUAUCCAUGUUGGUGUGUACAGGGCUCUUCAAGAAAUAACUGUUAGUGACCUUCGAGGAUUUUAUAAUCAUGUGCAAUAUCUACAGAGAGUGUAA